UAGUAUAUCCGUCAGGCUGUCUGCGGCAGUCCGCUCCUAUCGGAUCUCUCCAAUUGGUAUCUCAUUCCUGAGCCGGUCGAGCGAGUGUUGGUGACGAGCUGGGGCGGAUGCGCGCUGGUGAUAAGAGGACGGUGCAGGGCUGAACGGGGCGUACGGCGUGCCGGCUACACGGGAGGGAACACCCGGUCAUUGGCGAAGCGAAGGAUGUCGCGACUGUUUGAUCUACUCCUGUUGGUCCUCGGGGUUGAAGGGUGCCUGGCCGAGACAGCCAACCCAAGGUCUGCAGAUGACCUGAAUCUCGUCAAACCACGCGAGACCGUGCGGAGCCGGGUACGGCGGAACGGAGCCGUGUCGCAACAACAGGUCCCAACCGACGGACCACCCUUGGAACAUCCGGGACAGCAGAGGCCACCUGAUAAACAGCAGGAACCGGUCCUGGUAGAGCAGGAUCAGUUCCAUUACUACACCUCCAAGUACUUCACGAUGACCCCGCCAGGCUCCGCAGUGUGGGUCAACAUGGAUGACCCCAGAUCCAUGGCAACGGUCGCGUACGGGCCGGGGUCCAAUCACCAGCGGGGUGCUAUGACUGUAUCUUUAUCAUUUGACUUCCCGUUCUAUGGACAUCCCAUCAGAAACAUAUCGCUUGUAACCAAUGGUUUCCUGUACACCGGCACCCUCCUGCACAAGUCCCUGACGGACACGCAGUACAUCGCACCUCUCAUGGCGAACUUUGACCCGAACGUUAACCCCGAGUCCAUGGUGAGGUACAGGGAUAAUGGAACGUCUUUCACUGCAGAAUGGACGAAGAUCAGGUUGAGAGACGAUGAGGAAGCCGGCCCGUUCACCUUCCAAGUCACCCUGUCUACAGAUGGCACCAUUGUGUUUGCCUACAGACAGAUUCCGUUCCCAGUGUCGAGAAUAGACGAUUCCAUGUUACCGGCCAAAGUAGGGGUGUCGGACGCCUACACAGUGGGAACACGACUGCUACCUUUCUUAGAGUUCGACAGGAAAACUAUCUAUGAAUACAACACGAUAGACUUGGACCCGGAAAAGGUGCUGGAGGGAACUUUCUUCGUGCUGUCACCGAUGCCGACAUGCAGUGACUUCACCACAUGUGACAGAUGUGUGACGUCAGACAUCGGCUUUAACUGCGGUUGGUGCAACGUUCUGCGCAGGUGCUCGGAUGGGCUGGACCGGUUGCGACAGGAGUGGGUGGCCGCCAGCUGUGACGAUCAGAGUGCGGCGCGGACCGUCUGUGAAGAAGAGGACCCCGUGACGACCACCAGCGCCCCCUCCAUCCUACAGGUUCCCGGCACCUCUAAAUCUGUAGCCACGCCUACUGCUGACUCUGCUACACGCGCGAACUACGGCACUAACCACACAGCCGUCAGAAUCAACAGUCAGAUCACACAGACAACGGUGGUGCGCAACGACCAGAACACUCCCGGAGGCAAGAGAGAAUCAAAAGGCAUGGUGGAUAAUAGCGAUUCUUCCGGAGCAAAGAACACUUCCCGCCAGAGAAUAUCAACCCACGACCUUGAGACUGUGAAGAGCGUUGUGGGCAGUCCUAUCAAGGGCAGCGCCACGGAGUUUAACAGAAGAAAGAUCCGGAUGGAAAUCAUCAUUGGCAUCAUUGUGGCGGUAGUGGUGGUGGUGGUCGCGCUCGCCUGUAUCAUACACUCCUACUCACGGAAAACGUCCAGGUCCGGAGUUCUUGUUGUUCAGUGUUUCUCUACACCUGAGUUUUCAGGUCAACGUCCUGAGGUGAUGCUCCUGUCGUCAGAUAAAGUGUACUUUGCUCCGUGACGUCGGGAGGUCGGCUGACGUCAUGGCAGACGUUUUUCUUGUUGCUGCCCUGUGUCUCAACAUGUGUCAUGUGGACGACACCAAAGGUCAAAUCUGUACAGCCAUAAUAUCUUAUCUACCUACAAAUGUCGUUUGGAAACUGUUACCUGGAAUAGGUUGCCUGGAGACGGUAACCUGGAGACGGUUGCCUGGAGACGGUAACCUGGAGACGGUUGGCUGGAAACUGUUGUCUGGUAGCUGUUCCAAAGAAACGUACGGUCAUACAGAAUGAUGUAACGGACUCCGCAGCCCAAUUUAUGGCCUGCUUCCGAUGUCUCUAUAACCCAGACGUGUUUGUCUCAUGUUCUGUGUACAGAGAGGGCCGAAACGGAGAACAAUGAUUUGGUCAUUUUCUAUUGUAAAGUACACAUUUUGGCAAACAAGAAACUGAAACUGUACGUUGCAAAUGUAUAUAAUGUGAUAAGGUAACAGGGCAGAACACAAAAGGGAAAUGAGAUACGUUCAAUUAUUGAUUACAUUUGGCCUUGAAUUCUGUGGUGUAUUGGAUUGAUACUGAGAUAACAAAUAGAGAACCAACGUGAGAGAGUUCUUGUUACCAAAUGUUGUAAGUGCCACAUGUUGAGAUAACUGAUGUGUAUUAAUCCCAAAGUUGGUCCAGUGUUGUGGACUCUACGAAUAUAACCUAAGACAAGUUCACUCAAACUUAUAAUACAAUAAUGGCUGGAACCAUGUCGAGUAUUAUAAUAACUGUUGACUCUCCUGCACCCACGAAUUAUCACAUUGAAGUAUUGCCUGUAGUUCUUAUCUGUGACGCUAUGCGGCGCUGUUAACCAAUCAUGAGAGGUCGUCAGCUGUGAGUUUGGGUGGUUUUAUCUGCCGAACGUAAAUCUUUGAACGACAUUUCUACCUGUGCAGAGUUUGCUCUUCGUUAUUUACCACCACUACCGGGUUCUACUCAUCAAACUACUGGCAGCAAUGUCAUGAUGGUUUAAAGAGUUCAAGAUGCCGGCGGAGAACGCCAGACGUGGACAGCCGAUCAUAGUCAUUAAGACUCAUCGAUUUAUCUUGGCAGCAAAAUCGUUUGUCCUUGGAGCAGAGUUCGUCGAAUCCUCGGCAAGAUUGAACGCCGUCGGUUGGCGUUGACCUUCACAACAAGAUCAUUUCUCUACGGGAUGGAGUUCGCUUUGACUUUGGGAAGAUUACCAUAUAUGGACAUAUGUCCUUGGAGUGGGAUUCGCCGUGUCCUUGACAAGACCGGAUGCCCACAGGUCCCUAAGCUUGUUCGCUUUCGGUUUUACAGUGCCAUUUGUCUUUGGUACAGCGUCCGUUUCGACUUUGAAAAGAAUAACAAGUUGCCGUUCGGUACAGUAUUCGCUACGAUCUUCUAAAAGGAAUGGUAUAUCUCUAAGGAAUAAAGUCAAACUCAAGCUUGGUCGCUUUCGGUUUAAGAGUUCCAUUUGUCUUUGGUACAGCGUCCGUUUCGACUUUGACAAGAAUGAGUAGCCUGGUAGCCAGCCGUAAUAUAGCUCCCGAUUCUCUUCUCUCCUCUUUGCAAUUACACAAUUGCAAAGACGAGAGAAGAGACUCGGGAGCUAUAUUACGGCUGAAUACCAGGCUAAAGAAUGACAACUUGUCAUUUGGUACAGCCAUCGCUAAGGUCAUCGCAAAGGAAUAGAGUAUUUCUAGAGUAUGUGGUUCGAGGAGACCUCACAAGAAAGCCACUUAUAUGAAGUACACAGUUUAAUUGUAAAACGGAUAAUGUGGAUAACCUUUUACGGUAUUCAGGUACGAUGUUUUGGCCACUGUGAGGCCAUGAUAUAGUCGGAAACAUUCAAUUCAUGUGUGUCAUCUGUUCACACGGUCAAGUAAGGUUCACUUCUUUAAUGAAUGUACACAGAUAUAUACUUGAACGAUGAUGUACAUCAGAAUAUACUAUUCGUCACAUAUGAUAGGAACAGUUUUGUAAGAAAACGUAAGGUAAUGUACCGGGUGUACAGUUAACUUGAGUUACGAUAUGAUUAUUACAGUAACUAAUACACAAGUAUGGACCGUCUGUUGAGCAGACGACCACGAACAUUGUUGUCUUGGUUUUCGGUAUGUGACAAUUCAGACAGAUCAAUGUGAUUAGAGGAGCCUCCUAGCGAUACGAAAGGAUAGCACAGGUAAACACUUUCGUAAGUUCAGUGACAACAUUAUCUUCAUACUACGACAUUUUUAUCAUGCUGAUACACGUUUAGUCUACUGUGGGGGUUGGUACCGGUACAGUGGACCGGUACAAAACCGGUUUUUCUCAUUGGACCGGUCCAGAAAAACCGGACCUAAAAACAAUCGGUAGACGAAAGUGGAACGAUUUGAAAAUAAACAGUUUAUAUGAUCAGGCGUUCAUAUGUUUUGAGGCUUAUCGGUCGAGGAAAAUUAGAAGUGCGAAGUAGAGCAGAGUCUAUGGUAAUUUUUACCAACUUUUACAGUCAAUCGUACAGAGGUAGUUAUCCUUGUAGGAUUUCAAGACGCUCGUGGGUGUUGAAUACUACACAAAACAGAUUUCUUUGUAGCGAAACGAACCUUUAUUUUUUUUUAGUAUCGUCCAUUCACAAGUUUUCAUAUACUGAAUCAGGUUCGGGUCUGGACCUGGACCUGAUCCUCUGGACCUGAACCGGACCUGGAUUUUCUGUACCGGUACCCACCCCUAGUCUACUACAAUCGGAGAUGGAGACUGUGCUUUGUGCUGGAUAGUUGCUAUGCAUCGGUUAAAACUCGUUCUAAUGUUUUGUUAUUUUUGAUUGUUGAUACCAUGACAUCAAUAUAACGAUAUCUCAUUCACGUGUUGAUAUUUUGGGUAGGUGUAUGUGAUGCACUCAUUCUUCGCAAGGGGGCGUUUGUCAGUGUGUGUAUGUGUUUGUGUAUGUGUGUGUGUGACUGUGUGUGCUUACGAUUUUGGUUGAGCAGGAUUGCGUUUAAAUCGACAAGCGGUAAAUA